ACGGGAUGGAGGCCAACCACACCCAACAGAAAUUGCUCAGACGACAGAAACCCCACAGUGGAGAAAGUGGAAAGUUUUCCUCCUCACUCCGUCCAACUUCCACAGCCCACAGCACGUGACGAUAACCACGUGCCCUCGUCUUCAGCUAACAACAGGUCAUUAAAAGCCAAGAAAUCAGCCUCAGUUGACAGAAAUGGUGUGAAGCCUGGUCGUCACGUGGUGAAGAAAAUCUUUCCAUGCAAAAUAUGCAAGUGCCCCUUCACCAACAGGACCAAUGCUGCCCUCCACGCCCACACCCACCUCAACUCCGACGAGCUGAAGCGGUCUACAAUUUUCCAUGCGAAGUGCCCCCACUGCCAAAAAGACUUCUUCAAACGGCACCAAUUUACCGACCACGUCAACGCGCACGAAGGGCGGAAGAACCACGCCUGCCCCGUUUGCAAGCAGAAGUUCACCCAGAAAGCACAUUUGACCUCGCAUCUCUUCGUUCACCUGAGUCGCGAGGAGCGCGCGGAGGUGCGGCAGGGCUGGCGACACGUCUGCUACUUCUGCAGCAAACCAUUCCAAAGUCCAUCCCAUCUCAGUCGUCAUGUGGUGGCCCACACGAAGGAAAAAGUGGGCGGAAGGUGUCACACAUGUCGAAAAACGUUCUCCUCCAAAGACGGCCUGACCAGUCAUCGCUUCCGUCAUCUCAGCGAAAACGAGAAGGUCGCCCUCGUGAAGCAGGGGACGGGUCGAGAGUGUCAGAAGCAACUCCCUGAUAACCACACUUAUCAUGCUCACCUGGUCUCCCACACGAAGGAGAAACCUUUCCGCUGUCACCAGUGCGGGGUACUGUUCGGUCGUAACGGUGCAUUAAAAUUGCACAAGCGCAUUCACACUUCGAACCCAAAAGCCUUCAAAUGCGACGAGUGUGACCAGGCUUUCGGUCGAAAAUAUCAUCUGACCAGUCACAAGAAGACGGUUCACCGGAAGCGGAAAGACUUCGCGUGCCCCCAAUGCGGCAAGAUGUUUGGCGAGAAGAGCAACAUGGUGAAACAUAUGAAGGGUGUUCAUGGCAAAAGAAGGCACCCCUGUCCCCACUGUGGGGGGACGUUCUCGAGCAAACAAUACGUUUGCAGACAUGUCGAGAGGGUUCAUCCCUCAGAAGGUCGCCUUCAUUCCGAUCUCAUCAAAUGACCACGUGGUUCCCACGCUUUAUGUAUUCUUAUAUGUUCCGAUGUCAGCAUUUGUGACGAGACAAUUAUUCUCGUACGACUGACUGGUUACAAAGUAGCAAUUUGUAAACAUGACACAGUUUUGUUCACUUCUUGACGGUUUUUAUGGAGUAAAGCCAUUCUAUUUUGUGUAAAACUCUGCUCACGUCUCGCUCCCAUUUUUCCAUGCGACGACACAAAUGCAAAGCUGGACCAGUGACGACGACAUAUUUCAUCGUGACGAGAAGAAUGGUCAAUUUUGUAUCACACUUAAAUCGUGCAGGUCAUCUCAUAUUGCGGGUUGCUUAUCGAAACGGACGAAGGUGAACUAAUAAUUCUGGAGGAAGUCUCAAUUUGCAUAUUAUUAUGACACGCAGACCUCAAUAACUGAUGAAUGGUAGUCCAAUUUCUCGUCGUGAGAUUAAGAAAAAUAAAACUCUUUAUUUCCAGCCUAAUUUUCGUACAGUUGUAAAGUUCCGUUUCAUUUGAGAAAACCAGGGAUAUCUAUCUAGUUCCUUUCGAAUAGAAAUCAAACCAUAUUUCACGAGGACGAUGGUAACAAAUCCAGCCAGAUAAAUAAAAGAGACAGAUUUUUGCAUAUUUCUUCACGUACGAUACACAAACAGAGGGCGGAUAAGGGGACAUCGAAUAACUGUGGGGACAUUGUCCCCUCAAGCUUCCGCGGCCACUGCAUGCAUGCAUCGCAUUGUGAGAAAAAUUAAGAAAUCGUAUGCAGAAUUCCUCUUCUUCUUGAGCUUUCUUUCGUGCUCCGUUUCAAUGAAAGUGCUUCAAAAUUCUAACCCAGGCGAAAGAUAGCACUGGGAUAAGAACGGAGGAACGGAAUUCUGAUUCAUACCCAAAUUUUAGAGAUUAUGGACUCACGCAUAUUUCGUCAGUGGUCGAUGACAAUCGUCUCAAUUUUCAUUGAAUAAUUUAUGACUGAGCAUCAUCAUCACUGUACAUUUUCUUGCUGAAUUCUCCACACAGUGAUUAUUCUGCAUUUUAUUGGCCUUGGGGCUGACUAUGUACAAGAUUCAGUCAGAGACUUCACUUUUCUUGGGAUAGGCAGAUAAGCCAAGCUUUCUCUCAGGUGCUGGCAGACGGAGAAUAACAUGCUCCUAGUCAAAUAAGUGCUCACUUUCUCCUAAAGAAACUUCACCAGUUUCAAACAUUUCCAAAUUUCCACCAAGUUUACAUUGAGAAAACAGAGCAAAACCACGCAAAGUAAGGGAAGCUGCACUCUUAGCAAAACGAGUGUGGACUGCGACUGGAAAUUGUGGAUCAGUAGGAUUGGACUAGGGAAGAAUUUUUUACCCCAGAAACGACUGCAUCCCGAACACGUUACGCCCAACUUUCAAGAAGGCGUCGUUGAGAAAGGGGUCGAUGGAUUCUAACGGGGGAAUAAGUUCUGAGCAGAACGAGACGUUACCAUUGGACGGGAUGGAGGUCAACCGGAAGUUGCACGGAAGACAGAAAGCGCUCGUCCAUACAAUGGAAAAAGGGGACCAUUUUCAAGAAAAUGGACGACUUCCUCCUCACUCCGACCAACCACGUGAGCCAACACCACGUGACGAUAACCACGUGCAGUCCCCUUCAUCCAACAGCAGGUCAUUAAAAGCCAAGAAAUCAGCCCAAAUUGGCAGAAUGGGCGUGGAGCCUGGUCGUCGCGUCGCGGGGAAAAUAUUUCCAUGCAAAAUAUGCCUUCGUCCCUUCACCAACAGAUCCAGUGUUUACCUCCACGCCCGCACCCACCUCAACUCCGAAGAGCUGGAGCGGUCUACAAUUUUCCAUGGGAAGUGUCCCUACUGCGCAAGAACAUUCUUUAUUCGUCGUGACUUUACUCAUCAUCUCUUCGUCCACAUGAGCCGCGAGGAGCGCGCGGAGGUGCGGCAGGGCUGGCGACACGGAUGCUACUUCUGCACCAAGCGAUUUAAAAGUCAAUCCCACCUCAGUCGUCAUCUUGCGACCCAAACGAAGGAAAAAGUGGGCGGGAGGUGUCACGUGUGUCGAAAAACGUUCUCCUCCAAAGACGGCCUGACCAGUCAUCGCUUCACUCAUCUCAGCGAGGACGAGAAGGUCGCCCUCGUGAAGCAGGGAAUGAGUCGAGAGUGCUUAUUCUGCCACAAGAAAUUCCCCAACAACCGGGCUUAUCAUGCCCACCUGGUCUCCCACACGAAGGAGAAACCCUUUCUCUGCGACCAGUGCGGAAAUCUGUUCGUUCAUAAUUAUAGCUUGAAGUUGCACAAGCGCCUGCACUCUUCGAACCCAAAACGGUUCAAUUGCGACGACUGUGAGAAAGCGUUUACUAGUAAACACAAUCUGACCAGCCACACGAAGACGGUUCACCGGAAGCUGAGGGACUUUGCGUGUCCCGAGUGCGCCAAGAAGUUCGGCAUGAAGAGCGACAUGGUGCGGCAUUUGAGGAGUGUUCAUGCCAAAAUCCGGCUCCCCUCCCCCCUCUGCGGGAAGACGUUCACGCAUAAAGGCCAUCUUGGGACGCAUUUGAAGAAGGUUCAUUCCUCAGAGUAAAGGUCAAAAUGACCCCUCGUGAAACUACGACAUGUAAUGUUUCCCAUAUUUAUGACAUGAUAAUUAUUCUUGUUCGGCUGAUAAAAAUGGCAUAAUUGAAUUAUUUAAGUUGGAAAUAUGACCAGAUUUUUGUUACCGUUUUGACCAUGACAAUUUAUAAGUAGUAAAGUAAUUUUAUGUAAAA